GUACGCUAUAGUCACAGACAGGCUACAUGUUUCUGACUAUGAUUUCAAACCCUAAGCGUUCACAUCUUGGCUUCACCGUAACCAAACAUCGAGUAACUCGAGCCAGCUAGAACCUCGACGUACCUAAAGCUUCCAAUGUACGGUGUGACGGGACUAUAGAGCUAGUCUGCAUUCAGUUCUAAUACCGUCAAUCUGUAGACAAGUUUCGGUUUCUUAAAAUUUGUUCAUUAAAAUUAUUAGAAUAAUGCGAAAAUGUAUUAAUGGAUUUGAAAGCAUUGGAUAUUUCAUAACAUCACAAUGCUGCUAGCCUAGCGUGGAAGUCUAGGACCAGGAAAUGACACAACGUUCUGAGCAUGACGUUUGGUCUCAACAACACAAAAUGGCUCCUGAAAAGCCCAGUCCCUGUUUGGCGGAUAGGUCUUCGGCCAUUCAUACUCUUCUGCCUUCUCGCCUUCACUGCGACGGCGGUACUAUUUGCACUGACCACCCAAAACUGGUGGGGCGCCACUGUGAACUUAAUCACGGACCCUUCCUAUCGGAGCAGCAACUUACCAGCCAGUAUGACAAGAGGAAAACAGCACGACCACGGCAUGAUUCACGGACAGGGCAUAUUUGUGCCUACUCAAGAAACGGACGUCUGGAAGGAUAUUGUUCUCAAGUCUUCCUCUCUGUACAUGUCCGAGGUCCCCGCAGGUCCGCACGGUAACGAAAGUUUUGGAAAGAAAGGACAUGGCGUUGUUCCUGUUACGUGUGACCCGAGUGCUCAGGUCUCGGAAACAUUACGAAUGAAGCCUCUUGAGUUUCUCAAAGAAUUCAAAAAUCCUUGUUGGAGAGAGCCGCUGGAAGAGCCCAUUGAAGAGCUCUACUCUCACAAUAGUUACGCCCUUGCUUCCCCUUCUUAUCAUAACGCUUUCAACAAAAUUCUGGACCAAUGGAAACUGAUAAAACCUGAUCCUAAGUAUCGACUGAGGUGUCUGCCUUAUUUCUUCCUGGCUGGCCAACCCAAAAGUGGGAGCACUGACUUCUACAAAAGACUUAUAGCUCACCCGGACAUAGUGGCGCCCCCUUCAAAGGAAUCCCACUGGUGGGCAAAGAACAGAUACGGUAUGUUCCUGAACUUCACACAGCCCAUUCCAUUCUCCGACUACGUCGACCUCUACGAUGGUGUAGCACUGAAAAUACAACAAGCUGGGACAUCGACAAAUGGAAGUAUUACGUACCCUAAAAUUACAGGUGAUGGCAGCGUGUCCACUCUGUGGUACAAUGAUGACUGGUGGAAGAAUCCAGAAAACUGCGGGAUGACGGUUCCGAGAUUUACUAACGCACACCAUGUCUACGCAGUCAUUCCGCAGGCGCGGAUCAUAAUUAUACUUAGGAAUCCUAUAGACAGAUUGUAUUCAGAUUUCUUAUACUUCCAACGUAGUGACAAAAGUCCUGAAGAUUUCCAUCAAGCUGCAGAGAACGGCAUUCAGCUCCUGAACGAAUGUAUUGAUAGAUUCGGAAUGCGAGCUUGUAUUUAUAAUUCUUCAGUUGCAGGAAAGUCAAGGGUACGCUUGAGAGUGGGUCUUUACUACCAGUACCUGCAGGAGUGGUUGACUUUAUUUCCACGAUCGCAGGUAGCUGUGGUCAGGCUGGAGGAUUAUUCUGCAAAGCCGCUGUCCACUGUCAGACAAGUGCACACCUUCUUGCAAUUAAGGCAGCUGUCGGACGUCGAAGACGACAGAGUUCUGGCGCAGCCCAAACACAACACUCGAAGGACGUCCGACAGGAAACUCGGAGGGAUGCUGGACAAGACCAGAGAGCUACUCCACUCAUUCUACCACCCCCACAACCUGGACUUAUCCCAACUACUUCAUGAUGACCGGUUCCUGUGGUUAGAGUCUGAAGCUCAGAGAAAUAACUCUGGCGACUAAAGUAGUGAACACAAAAUAACAACUGUACAAAUGCUUCACUGUGAGUGUAUGAAACCGAAUUUGUUCAGGGCUAUAUUAAGACAUCAUGCACUAUUUUAUUUACUGUCUUCAUUAUUUGAUUUCAUUAUCUUAAAAUCUACUUACUUUUGCCACACACAAACUUUGAAAUGCAGUUGUUUUUGCAAACGGGACCUGAGUUAUAUUGUACUGAUUGUAGAUUGAAUAUACUUGACUACCAAUAACCACAACGGUGGCUUGUAGCGUAGCUCAAACUUGCCUCUGAAAUGUGCAAAUUUUUUUGUUUUUGUUUGUAUUGAGACAAAAAGUGGAAAUCUUGUGUGUGACUGUACAGGAUGUUACUUGGAGUAACUGUUUAAAGCAAUGUCAUUGUAAUAUAUACACUACAUCCCACAUAUUGUGGACAAUCAGACCCAAUCUAUGUAUAUAAUAAAAUUGAAAUCGAAUUAUCUUACCCGUUAGUUUGAUUGUUUGUCUAAGUAUAGAAGUAGAACAUGAAUUGGGGCCUACACCAAUGUCAUUACACAGCUUAUAUCAACUCACUCUGUCUGUCCGUCUGUCUGUAUGUGUGAAUGGUAAAAUGUUUGUACAUGUUAUUCUCCCACACUCAAUCUCGGAUUAAGUUGAAAUUUUGCGCAAUUAAUUAAUUAUUGUACAUAUAAUAAUACGACUGAUGCAAUUGAUGUAUACAAUUACACUUAAUAUAAGCUUUGUUUUUUUUAAAUGUUUUUCUUGUAUUUGUGUGUGUGUUUUCAUUUAUCAACAUAGUCCUUGAUGAAAAUAUACAGCCUAUUGUACAUCUCUUUUAAGAUGGGAUUAUCAGUUUGUGACCGGAACUAAAUAUCAAUUGUUUGAUGAACUGAUAACUUAGAUGUUACCAUAUGUCAGGUAAGAAAUGAUGUGUAGGACUUGUAGGACAGUAGGUCAUAUAGGACUUGUAGGACACGUAGGUCAUAUAGGGCAUGUGGGACAAGGAGGAUCCCUUAUGAUCAAACGUUGCUAAUAUGAGAAUGUACUUUUUUGUUCUAGAAAAAAAAAAGGGGGAGGGGGUAAUUACAAUCUGCUUUCAUGUCCUGUAAUGAAUUGCAACUCUUCAAUUUCGGAAGUUUUAUAAUUUUUUGUUGCUGUAUUUCAAGCCACUUAUUGUCACAGUUUCUGAGGUCAAGGAUGUUUUAGUACGUACUUAGACUUUAGAAAGUACAGUUAUACAAAUAAUUAACAUCAAUUCACAAUGGGAGUUAUGUCAAAGCUAUUUGAACCUUGUACAAUGAGAUGUCAAAGUUAUAUGUAUAAUUAAAUCCGACUUUUGGUUAAAUUUUAUUGGUAUUGGGUUUUUAUACUGUUUUAUAAUUUAUGAAAUUUGUUUUUUGUUUUGUUCUUUUGUUUGACUUAUUUUGUGAUACUUCAUAGAAAUGCUCAUUCUGUACCGAUAUUUAUAUAUAGGCAAGCAAAUAAGGGGCGCCAACAAACUUCAACUUGGUAUGUCAGAGAUGACUGGAGCUGAACAAACUUCAACUUGGUAUGUCAGAGAUGACUGGAGCUGAACAAACUUCAACUUGGUAUGUCAGAGAUGACUGGAGCUGAACAAACUUCAACUUGGUAUGUCAGAGAUGACUGGAGCUGAACAAAUGCUAAGAGAUGUUCUCUAUGUAUUACAUGUAUUUUUUUUUCAAGGAACUACAAUCAACAUUUUAUUGCUGAGCACAAAAAAAAGUUUAAUUUGUAAAAGUGGAUAUACUGAUGACAAGUUUACAUUAAGUUUAUAGACAAGUUUAUAGAAAAGACUCCUUUUGUAGAAGUCCAUUAUAGCAAUGACUGUAAAUUCACUUGAAAAGACUCCUUGCAAUAUUGACAUUUUUCAACAAAUAGAUUGAGGACUACCAUCAGCAGCUUUAUAAAGAAGGAAUUAGCAGUUUUUUUUUUUGUAAAGCUUGCAUUAAGUUUCUUGUUUAUUGAUAAUGUAUAUUAUGAUUUAAUGAUGUACAUUUACGAAUGUCGAAUUACUUUUGUGGUAUCAGUACAUUUUUUUUGUUAAUUAGCAACGCUAACAGCAAUGGGUCUAAAAAUUCAGAAAACGUAAUUCUGAGAACGUUAAUGUUCAAAUAAUUACCCAGAACUACAGCAAAUAAAAUACCCAGAACCAUUGCUAAAAUUUAUGAUGAAAUAAUAGAUGUCAUCAUGAGACCCAAUCUAUGUUUCUCUUGUGAUUCAUGGCCAUAACUGUUGUGGAAUGUGUUAAGUACAUUAGUGGACAAUGCUUUGGGUGUAUUACUGUACAACGAUGUCAAAUGUUACAGGUAUUGUCUUGUAUAUAACUGUACAACGAUGUCAAAUGUUUAAUGCAUUGUACAUCGGUUAUAAAAAAUAAAGCUCACAUUUUUAUAAUAAUUUAAAAAA